GCCAACGUUCACAGACUGCCGCGGACCGUCACCGCGACAUGUUCCGUUUGGCGCCGGUGUUUCGCCACGUCGUCGUGCAGUGUCCAUUUUCUGCCUGCGAAAAGGCAUUACACAACGAUAUUGUGAUAUCCGUGAUCGUUCGAGGCUUCUAAUCGACACUUUCUAAUCGGGAAACGAUUUCGCUGAUUAACUUAUGUGCUCGGCGGCAACAAAUUGUCGUCAACAAAAUUCCACGAGAUGUUCACGAGAACAGAACAUGACAACUUAGGUGACAUCACUGGAUAAGGCGGACUGGUGACGAGAGACAAGAAACUUAAAACGCAAAGACAAAGAGACGGGGAACAUUAAUUUGACGUAGCGAUGAUACAAGCGGCGAACACGUGCGCUUUCCACAUGUUGUCGCCGCGACGGCAAGUGUAACUUUUGCUAAGAACGUAUUCAGCUGAUCCGUGGUUCGUUGGCCUUCUGCUCGUUAGAUAAUUGACAGAUUAUCGAUCUAUUAAUUGAAAGCUGAUUUACUCGUCAGUGACUGACAACGCCCUAGAAUUCAUCUUAUCAUUAACCAGCGAAUUUGAUUCUCGUGUUCGCGAAAUAUUUCCCGGAAACCAAACGCAGAGUGUGCGGAGUUAUUCGGGCGCAUUAUUCCGAUCGAUUCGACCUCAGCGCGCAAGAAACAAGAGAGAUCUCGCAACACUUACCGGUGUCUCAGACAUCGUGUGCGUGUGUUUGCGCGAGAUAUUGAUCCGCGCGGCGACAAUCCCCAUUUGUCGGGUUAACUUUGUGCACAGGGAGAUACGGAGUAUCUCCUAUAUGCGCAGAAAGACAGAGAGAAUGUGUAUGCAAGUCGUUAAUCAUGUUCUCGAAACGAGAAGAUCAUCGAGGUAAUAAUAACGAACAAUAGUUCUGUAAACAAACCGUACGGGGAAAUCGUCCUCGCGGUCCGAGUUGUUUCCGAUCGAAACAAUAAUCAGACAGCAAACUCCGUGGAAUUGAAAAAAAACUGUGAAAUGACAGAAAUAGGUCGCGAAGAAAAACAAGCGCGCGGCCUUGAAACUGAUGACCGAGUUUGAUUGAGCGCGGUCCGAUUAAACGCCGCGGCAUUAUUUCUUACGAGAGAUUACGAAGAUCCGGAAGAGCGCACGCGACGACAACAACAACGACGACGGACAACCAAGACGACGAUGACCACAGGUACGACGGCCAGCAGUGCCGUGUAACGUGGCCGGGAGCGCCCAGGGUAUAAGCACGGCGUAUUAAUAGCCAAGUAUAGGUACCGUGGUGGGGCCGUGGCUGCCUCGCGGGUGAAAAUAGAAAAGAAUGUUUUUGGAAUCCAAUUGGACUUGGUUGGCAGAACGAUGGGGCAAUAUGGCCGACUUGGCCGAGCGGGUGGACGAUCUGAUAUGCAGUUUUGACUCGACCGGUGAGACGACCAUGGAUACGCUGUCGAUGCUGAUAUUCGGCUGGAUGCUGUUCGGUCUGGUGGUGUUGUGUGUCGGCAAAUACGUGUACAAUCGCUUCGUGUUAAACGAGCUCGCCGCCACCAACGCCGUCGCCUCGUCGCUGCAGCUCGGUAAGGACGGCCAUGCCCAUCACGGCGAGAGUGUUGUGAUCGCGAACACGGUUGCUGGUACCACAGUCGCGAGACUGUUCGACAGCAAAUCCAAGUCGGUGUCACCGACGUCGUCGACGUCCUCGUCGUCGCUCACGAAGGCUGGUGCCGCCGGUGGUACCGUAAGUGCUGGUGGUGGCGGCGGUGGUACCGCCGGUGCUGCUAGUGGCGGCGGUGGUGGUGGUGGUAGUGGCGGCAGUGGUGGCGGUGGUGGUACCGGUGUGAUAGCAGGUGCUAGAUCGCCGUCACCGGGAGGCUAUGUGCCGCCCACACCGCCGGUCAGGAAACGCUUGACCAGGAAAGGUUCCGGCGCGCUCAUCAGCCCGUCCCGCAGCUCCAGGGCGCUGCAUCUACCGACCGCGACCGGCGCCGACGCGGAGGCCGUGCGCUGGGUCAACGAACUCAUCAUGUGGUUGUAUCACGACCUCGUGAUACUCAACGAACUCCUGGCCGUCUGGGUGGUCUCUCUAAACGACUUCACCGCCAACUCCACUGACGAACAUGGAGUCGGUGUUGAAUUUGUCCGCGUUCUUCCGGAAACAAAUCCGCCAACUUUAUCGAAUAUUUUCUGCGAAUGCGACUCGAAGGAUGAUGUGACUAUUACGUGCGAUUGCGAAGCCACUCCGGCUUUGCAAAUGAAAGCAUUUCGACAACGAGGCGACAAAUUGGACGUUAGUCACUAUCGGGUUAAUGUCAAUCGGUUUCGCGCUCGUCUCAACAUUGUCUGCAUCACUGAAAAACUAUUGAUCGAUCUGAAAUGCGACGGCUGGCCGGAAGUAAAAGUCUCGCUGGCAGCGGUGGGUACAAUAAAGAAAGAUUUGGAUGAAAGCCAGCUGCAAGAAGUGGUGACGGAAAUUGUUGUGGGAGCUUUGCGUGGCAUCAAUGUUCAUCUCAAUCUUUCCCAAUAUCCCACCUGUCCUCGUUUAUGGAGAGAACCACCUCCCCAGCCAGGUUUCUCAUACUCCACGCACUACGACAAUGUGAACGCUUUGAAUUCGACACGUCAGUCCUCGCAACAACGAUCUCACGGACAUACCACGUCGUCGUCGUCCCUGAUACAAUACAUGCCCGGAGAGAAACGGUUGCUUGUGAAGGUUGUGAAAGCUGCCGAUCUCGGCGGUCAGCAAGGCGCGCUCAAACCUUACUGCGUGGUAGAGGUGGACGAGCCGCCGCAAAAGCAUCAGACCUCUAUAAAAAAGGACACCAACAGUCCACUAUGGGAUGAAGCAUUUUUAUUUGACGUAAACCACAACACAACCGAAGUAUUGUUAGAGGUGUUUGAUCACGUGAACAAAAACCAAAGAUUCCUGGGACUAGGAAUUGUGGGCGUAGAAGAACUACUUGCGAAUCCAAGUCAGCGGCAGAUCAUACCUCUUCAAGCGCGACCGUACGAAGAGGAUGACAUUACGGGCACCCUCACAGUAGAGUUUCUGUUCAUCGAGGGUGCAGAGGUACCACAAAUCGGGACCAAACCCUACAAGGUCAAAGAAACGAUAAAGCCGGUUUCGCCAACUCGGUCCUACAGCCAAAUGAAUGUCAUCAGCAGCAAUAAUCUGAAUUAUAACAAUGGUAACAGUACACUUAUCUUGUACGACUCUGCCGCGCAAUCUGAAGGGGAUUAUUUGCAGACAAAUGGCAACGUUGUGGAUUCCCCGCACAAAAGUGGACAGACAAACGGUAACAAAGGAACUUUAAUUGUACACAGCCAAAGGCAAUCGGAGCGACAGGUUGUGAAGGUCGCUCUGACAGAGGACGGAAACUGGCAGGAAAUUUCCCCGAGUCACGGAACAAAAGACGUCACUCCCACCUCGGGACCAGAAAGCACGCCUAAUUCCUCUAUAUCAGAAGAGAGAGGAAGAACGCGAAGAAAACGACGCGAUUUCUUCGGCACCAUAAAGAAACGACUGAGUCGGUCCAAGACGAGAAGUCGAUCGGUCGGUCCCGAAGGGGAGGUCAAUCACGAAGAUGCUCACUCGAGAUCCAUAUCCGCCGACAGAGCUCGCGAUCCCGGAUCCGCGCAUCUGUCGGUGCCAGAACAAUCGAGACGAUCGAGUCUGAGCGAGGCCUCGGGUAUCAGCGGAACAUCCACGAGAACGUACAUCAACGAAGCUUCCACGCUCGUUCUAGAAACUUUGGAGAACGGUAUAAAAAAACACUACCUCGUACCUCUUUCGCUCGCACAAAAGAGCAAAUGGAGGAAAAAGGGCACAAAGUUGCAUAUAUUCAACGAUCACACAUUUAUCGCCAAACACAUGACCGGAGGGACAGUCUGCGAGGUGUGUAAGAGAACUCUCGCGCGAAGACUUGGCAAGCAGGGCUACGAGUGCAGAGAUUGUCAAAUGAAAUGUCACAAACACUGUCACGUGAAGGUCGACAUAACAUGUCCCACGUCCACUAUUCAGAGCAUCGAGCUGUCCCUACUGCCAGUACUCAGCGAAUAGGAUAGGGAUAGGACGUGCAUCAAGGCUCCGCCGCUCGAACGAAAACCUUCAAUGCUCCUCUGUUCGCGAUAACAUUACACAAACGCGAUAAUAUUACUUAU